AUGACUGAAGGUAACUGGACUGACGAAGUCGACCGAUCAGUGCCGGAGCUGCAGCGCCGUGGGCUUUACGGCCUCGACACCGAGAAAGUAUGCAAGGUAAAGGUACAUUGGAUGACGGCAAACACGGUCGGGACCAAGGUCGGGCCAAGUUCAAGGUCCAGGCCCGUCGAGGCCAACAAACCCAUCGAUAAUACUGUGGCCGCACCGGUUUGGUGA